UGAGGAAGGAAGAGCUAAACAAGGAAUGGAUCCAAUGACCUUGCUGCAUAAAUGGUGGCAACUGCUGCAUUCAAGCACUCUGCUAAAUCUUUUCCUCUUCUCCCUGCUUCUCUUCUCCUUACUGCAUCUCCUUAAGCUCACUAGAGGUAGAAAACUCAAUUUCCCUCCCUCUCCUCCUAAAUUGCCAAUAAUUGGCAACCUUCACCAGAUAGGGACACUACUCCACCAUUCUCUCCAUGCUCUUUCUGAGAAGUAUGGCCCUAUUCUGCUAUUACGCUUUGAAAAUUUCCCAGUUCUUAUAGUUUCAUCCUCAGAGAUAGCAAGGGACCUGAUGACGUGCCAUGAUGCAGUUUUCCUGAAUAGGCCCCAAUUAAGGGCAGUAAAUGUACUUUGCUAUGGAUGUACUGACAUUGCUUUUUGUCCCUAUGGUGAGUAUUGGAGACAAGCCAAGAAAAUCUGUGUUCUUGAGAUUUUAAGCCAAAGAAGGGUGCAAGCAUUUCAGUUUGUGAGGGAAGAAGAAGUUGCGGAGAUUGUCAAGAAGAUACGAAGCUCGUGUAUGAAUGGAGCAGCAAUUGAUCUAGGUGAGAUGCUUGUUACUAUCUCAAACGACAUAACUUGUAGAUCCUCGCUUGGUCAGAAGUAUGAAGGAGAAGAAGGUAGCAUGAAUUGUGGGCAUUUAUCAAGGAAGGCAAUAGAACUCGUAGGAGCAUUUUGCUUUGAAGACCUUGUUCCAUGGCUGGGAUGGGUUGAUGUUCUGACCGGAUUUUCAGCAAGAUUGAGGAGGACUUCUAAAGCAUUGCAUGCAGUCCUUGAUCAGAUAAUUGAAGAACAUGAAAAGAGCGGGGAUAGCAACCAAUCUGAUAAGAAAGAUUUUGUGGAUAUUCUUCUCCAUCUUCGGAAGAAUGGCAUGCUUGAUAUCGAUAUCACAAAAGACAAUAUCAAAGCGAUCCUACUGGACAUGUUUGUGGCAGGAACUGAAACCACGGCAACAGCCAUGGAAUGGGCAAUGGCAGAGCUUGUGAAAAAUCCUGGUGUGAUGAAGAAAGCCCAAGAAGAGGUAAGAAAAGUGGUGGGAGAAAAAUCAAAAGUAAAUGAGGCUGAUCUAGAUCAAAUGGAGUACUUAAAGUGCAUUGUCAAAGAAACUCUGAGGUUACAUCCUCCUGUUAUGGUUACUCGCAGUACAUCUGCAAGUGCUAAACUAGUAGGUUAUGAUAUUCCUCCCAGAACAACCAUCUUGAUCAACACAUGGGCAAUUCAAAGGGAUCCCAAGUUAUGGGACAGGCCAGAGGAGUUUCUUCCAGAGAGAUUUCUUAACAACUCCAUUGAUUUCAAAGGCCAUCAUGACCAAUUCAUCCCCUUUGGUAUGGGGCGGAGAGGAUGUCCCGGGAUAUCAUUCGCCAUCCUAGAAGUUGAAUAUGUGUUGGCCAAUCUCCUCUACUGGUUUGACUGGGAGUUGCCUGAUGGUGCAACUGUGGAGGACUUUGACAUGACUGAGAUUUAUAGGGUAGUCAUUCGGAGGAAAGCACCUCUUCGCCUUGUACCAGUGCUGCAUUCUCCUUAGUAAGACAUACAGUAAUGUGUUUGUUAUGUUUUUGGUAUCUAUCCAUUGCCAUAGA